AUGUACCUGCCACCCAUCGGCCUGCUGCGGAAAAACCCUCACCAGCAGCCAGCAGCUGGGGUAGCCUACACCCACCCCACCACAGUGGCCAGUUACACAGUCCACCAGGCACCAGUGGCAGCUCACACUGUUGCAGCAGCCUACGCGCCCACUGCUGCUGUUGCCGUGGCCAGACCUGCGCCUGUUGCUGUUGCCGCAGCAACUGCAGCAGCCUACGGAGGAUAUCAGACAACACAUGCUGCAACUGAUUAUGGCUACCCACAGCGUCAGCCAGAGGUUCCCCCACCACCACCUCCAGUCACCUCACAGAACUAUCAGGACUCUUACUCUUAUGUUCGUUCCACGGCUACAGCUGUAGCUUACGACAGUAAGCAGUAUUACCAACAGCCCACUGCUCCUGCUGCUGUAGCUGCUGCACAUCCACAGCCCAGUGUGGCAGACUCCUACUACCAAACAGCUCCUAAAUCUGGAUAUACUCAAGGCCUGACAUCAUACACCCAAACUCAGCAGACUCGACAGGUCACUGUGAUCAAACCAGCUGCUCCCAGUCCAGCUUCGUCCACAUUCUCCAUCUUCCCAGUGACCUCCACGGUCCAGCCUGUUGCAGCUGCAGCCUCUGUUGUCCCAUCCUACUCCCAAAGCCCAACGUACAGCACAAAUGCUGUCACCUACUCUGGAACCUCAUACUCUGGUUAUGAAGCAGCUGUAUACUCUGCAGCUUCUAACUACUACCAGCAGCAGCAGCAGCAGCAACAACAGCAACAACAACAACAACAGAAACAAGCAGUGGCAGCUGUGGCAGCAACAGCAGCCUGGUCAGGAAACACUUUCACUAAGAAGCCCACCUUCCAGAGUAAACUGCUUCGACCCAAACAACCUCCUAAGCCCUCUCAGAUACACUACUGUGAUGUGUGCAAGAUCAGCUGUGCUGGCCCUCAGACUUAUAAAGAGCACCUGGAAGGCCAGAAGCACAAGAAGAAGGAAGCUGCUCUGAAGGUUUCUCAGAGCAGCACCAGCAGUGGUGGAAGUGCAGGAGUGUUGGCCCGCAGCGCUCAGAACCAGCUCCGCUGUGAACUCUGUGAUGUUUCAUGUACUGGCGCUGACGCAUACGCUGCUCAUAUCCGAGGAGCCAAGCACCAAAAGGUAUGGGUUUGA